CUCGUCUCUCCCGUUGCCUCUUCUAUUUAAUUUAUUUUUUUCUUUAUCACUUUUACAUUAUAGAAGAAGGUGAGCAAAAAUUAGUUAGUUGAACCUUGGUUGAGAAUACGAAGGUGUGUGAAGAAGUAAUGCAAAUGUUGUGUUGAAGAACCAUCUGUGUUUGAUAAAUGUCCUCGAGGUUUCAUGCAUGGAAAAUGUUACUAUUCUUCAUGAAUUAUUCAUGGCAGAGAUAGCAAUUAGCAAAAACUCCAAUUGCAGGGAAAAGAAGAUGAAUUUUCGUCCAAUUAUUUUCACAAAACAGUCAACGACGAUGAAUCCAAAGUUUCCUGAUUUGAUUUACAGUUGGAAUUCAUCGCAGCCAAAAGCAAUCACGAACUUGUCCCUUGGAUAAGCCGACCUCUGACUACGACUCUUUGGACUGUACCUGCGCGCUACAGUCAGUCAUGAUCAAACUCUAUUAAGCAAUGCUUCGUAUCUUUCAAGCUGUUCCACCAACUGUUCGUGGAAUUGUCUCUUUGACUCUGUUUCUCUCGCACAUAUGGAAAAUCAUAGCCUUGAAUCAUCUCUUACUAAGCAACUGAUGCCAUCUCAAAGGAACGAGUGGAGGGGUCCGUAUCGCCUUCUCUUUUGUUCGAGUAAGGGUGAUAAAGCCGGUGUGAUGGAGGAGCUCGCGAAAGGUGUAAGUGCUAAUCUGGCUGACUAUGACAGGAGAACAGCUCUUCAUUUGGCAUCGUGCGAGGGUUGCACAGAAAUAGUUGUUCUCCUUCUUGAGAAAGGAGCUGACAUAAACUCCUUGGAUCGCUGGGGUCGAACUCCACUCUCUGAUGCUCGUAGAUCUGGCCAUCCUGAUAUUUGCGAAAUUCUCGAGGCCAAUGGGGGAAAUGAUCCGAAUUUGGUCGAUUCUCAAAGUCCAUGUUUGGAAAUUGAUUCAGCUGAGGUCGACUGGGAUGGAAAGACUCUCAUUGGUGAAGGCGCUUAUGGUGAAGUUUACUUAGUCAAGUGGCGUGGUACAGAAGUUGCUGCAAAAACAAUCCGCUCUUCCAUUGCUUCAAAUAAAACAGUGAAGGACAACUUUCUUAAGGAAUUCACGUUGUGGGCAAAACUGCGUCACCCUAACAUAGUGCAGUUUCUUGGUGUUUUGAAGCAACCUGAAGGUCGCCUAGUGUUCCUCACCGAGUACCUACGAAAUGGAAGUCUAUACGAUAUACUUAGAAGGAAAGGAAAACUCGACUCACUAACUGCAGUUGCAUAUGCUUUGGAUAUAGCAAGAGGUAUGAAUUAUCUGCAUCAACAUAAGCCACACGCCAUAAUCCAUCGAGAUUUAACACCAAGAAACGUUUUGCAGAAUGAGGCGGGGCGCCUUAAAGUUACAGAUUUUGGAUUGAGCAAAAUUGCACACGGAAGAGAUUUUGGCUACAAAAUGACUGGGGGAACUGGAUCAUACCGCUACAUGGCUCCAGAAGUAUUCCGCAGGGAGGCGUAUGGUAAAAGUGUCGACGUUUUCUCCUAUGCUCUAAUAGUCCACGAGAUGUUCCAAGGAGGGCCAUCAAACAGGGAAGAAGAACCUGAAAAAUUGGCAGAUAAACGUGCAUAUGAAGACGAACGCCCAUAUCUACCCUCCAUCGUCUAUCCUGAACCAAUUAAAGGGCUUCUACAAGAUUGUUGGCACAAGAAUCCAGAGCAACGACCCACUUUCGAAGAAAUCAUCAUGCAACUGGAGAUCAUCCAAGAGGACAUGCAACAGAAGGCCAUAGGUAACUGCUGUAGCUGUGGUGUCUUGUAAAAGGGAGGCCUCUGCAAUGUGCAUAUUUCAUGCUGUGUUAUUUCAGAAACACCAUUUCUGCUUGUGUUGAAUUUGUUCUUAAGACUGGGAUAUCAAUGCCUUCACUCUCUGUAAUUAUUCAUAUAUAUACACUUAAAAGUUGAUAGUGUAGAGGAAAACCAGAAGUGUUUUAGAAGCUUUUUAGUGGCUAAGUGCACUUUGUGACAAUUCUGUUUCCUUGUAAUAAGCUGAAAACUGUGGCAGACUUCA